UUCUUAUUAAAUAGAAAGUUGUUUAAUAUGUAUUUGUAAUAAUUCAUGAACAAAAAUCGAGCACAAGACUAAUAUGGGGAAAAGGAAACGCUUUUUCAACGCUAGGGCACGUCAAGUUGUCGAUGAUUCAGAGGUCAGGAAAGCACAUCAAACUCCAUGCGUGGCCGUAGACAUCGCGGCGGAGGGCCAUCAGCUGUCUGCCCCGGAACUUCGGGGUACAAGUCAUGGCAGUGAGUUGGACAGCAAUGCGCUCAUGCUGCCGGGCAAGAAGGCGAAUAUAGAGACGAAAAAAUGGAAGGGAGAGCAAAGUCAGCCUAGGCAACUCAGCAAGAAACAACGGAAAAAACUACAGAAAGUACUGGAGCAGAAAGAAAAGAAAGGGAAGCGAGCUGGGAUUCUUGCUUCUUUGGCUGAGCAUCAAGCCUCUACUGAAGAGAUGGCAAGGUUUACUUCAUUUGCACAUAUUGGCCAGAAGAUCAAUAAAAGGAAACUAGAUAACACUGGACCAGUGAAAAUCAACAGUAUCAGUGGCAGUAACAAGAAAAGGAAAAUGGGAAAGCAGGAUGAUGGCAGUGAUGGUGAUGAAGAUGAUGCAUCAUCGUCAUCUGAGGAGGAGGAGGAGGAAGUGGAGGAGGAGGAGGGAGACAAAGGAGAAGAAAUGCAGGAACAAGGAAGUGAUUUAGAUGAUGGAGAAUCGAGCCUUCAUGAAGACAAGAACAGUGCAUCUGUUUAUAGGACUAUUGAUAAAGAGCAACAUUCUGCUAGUGCUUCAGAUGAUAACAAAGCAAGAACUAAAAGUGAAAGUGAUAACGUAGUGAAAGACAAUGUCAAAAGCGAGCCAGCUAUGUAUGUUCAAGUGAAGAGAUCACCAGAGAUUCAGGAGGCAAGGCUUAGAUUGCCAAUUCUUGCUGAGGAGCAGAUGGUGAUGGAGGGUAUCCAUGAUAACCCAGUAGUUAUCAUCUGUGGUGAGACAGGGAGUGGAAAGACAACUCAAGUUCCUCAGUUCUUAUAUGAAGCGGGUUAUGCGAUGAAAGGUUUGAUAGGUGUAACUGAACCGAGGCGUGUAGCAGCAGUCAGUAUGUCACAACGUGUUGCCAAGGAGAUGAACUUACCAACCAGUGUGGUUUCGUACCAGAUCCGUUAUGCUGGCAGUGUUUCAGAUGAGACUAAGAUCAAGUUCAUGACGGAUGGUGUGUUAAUGAAGGAGGUACAGAAGGAUUUCUUACUCACCAAGUACUCAGUCAUCAUUAUUGACGAGGCUCAUGAGAGGAGUGUCUAUACAGACAUUCUGAUUGGUCUACUCUCUAGGAUUGUACCACUCAGACACAAGAAAGGAAACCCUCUGAGGCUUGUUAUCAUGUCGGCUACCCUGAGAGUUGAAGACUUCACAGAGAACAAGAGACUUUUCAAGGUCACCCCUCCGGUCAUUAAGGUUGAAUCUCGACAGUUUCCAGUGACUAUUCAUUUCAACAAGCGCACACCUGUAGAAGACUACAUCACUGAAGUACAUCGAAAGGUCUUAAAAAUUCACCGGACGUUGCCACCAGGGGGCAUCCUUGUCUUUGUUACCGGUCAGCAUGAGGUCAACACACUUUGCCGUAAAUUCAAGGCUGUGGGGAAGAGAGCAGGUCCGAAGAGAGAGCCCGAUACAUCAGGUACAGGUCCUAAUAAAGACCAGGACCCAGAUGAAGACCAGGAACCAGUUCACGAAGAUCUCAAGAAGGCGGAAGAAGAGAAGAAGGCUUUCAAGAAAUGGAAACUACCCAAGAUCAGUUUGGACAGUUACUCAGCCCAGCCCCGUGAUGUGGAGAAUGAUGUCGAUGAUGAAGUGGAUGGUGAUGUCGACAGUGACGACCAGUCAGAGGAAGAACUUGAAGAUGAAGUUAAAGAUGAAGAGGAGAAGGUCCUGGACUCAGAGGCUGCCGAGGACCAGGUCCCGAUGCACGUCCUUCCCAUGUACUCCUUGCUGGCCCCUCACAGACAGGCCCAGGUCUUCCAACCACCCCCAGAGGGCAGCAGAAUGGUCGUUGUGGCAACCAACGUGGCAGAGACCUCCCUCACUAUCCCAGGCAUCAAAUAUGUCGUAGACACUGGCAGGGUCAAAAGGCGUUUCUAUGACAAGGUCACAGGUGUGUCCUCCUUCAAGGUUGACUGGACAUCUAAGGCCUCGGGCAAUCAGAGAGCAGGGCGAGCUGGUAGGACGGAACCUGGACACUGCUACAGGUUGUUUUCAUCCGCUGUCUUUGGGAAUGACUUUGAGACCUUUGACCCCCCUGAGAUCACCAGGCGACCUGUUGAAGACCUCAUCCUGCAGAUGAAAGAUAUGGGCAUAGACAAGGUCGUGAACUUUCCUUUCCCAACAUGUCCAGAUGAAGAGAGUUUGAAGGCUGCAGAAAGGUUGCUGAUCGCCCUAGGUGCAUUAGAACAACCUCCCAAGCCAAAGAGAUUCAGAGAUAUGAAGAAAGAAUUCUUCAGUACAAGGAUCACAGAUGUUGGUCGAGCUAUGGCGUGUUUGCCUGUAGCCCCCUGCUAUGCUAAGAUGAUCUCACUCGGUCAGCAGGAGGGAUGUCUGCCCUAUGUCAUAGCUCUAGUAUCAGCCCUCACAGUCAGGGAAAUCUUUGAGGAGAGCUCAAUGCAAGGACACACAGAUGCAGAGAGAGAAGCACACAAGAAGCUUCAAGCAAGAGUGGCACACAACAAAAAGAUCUGGGCUGGAAAGGGUGACAAUGCUCUUCUAGGAGACCUGAUGGUGUUGUUGGGUGCGGUGGGUGCAUCAGAGUAUGUUGGCUGCACCCCUGGCUUCUGUGCUUCACAUGGUCUAAGAUACAAGGCUAUGGUCGAGAUCAGAAAACUGAGGAGACUUCUUACCAACGCAGUGAAUUCUGUUGAUUCCGACUGUGGAGUCUUCAUGGAUCCUAAGAUGUCCCCACCCACUUCCACUCAGGUGAAGAUGCUUCGUCAGAUUGUCUUAGCAGGCCUUGGACACCAUGUAGCAAAACGUAUGUCAGCUGAUCAGGAGGGCUUCGAGCGAGGAGGUUAUCAGAGUGUGGGCAUAGAGGGAGCUGUUUUCAUCCACCCCAACUCUGCUCUUUUCAAGCAGCUGCCGGACUAUGUCGUUUACCAGGAGAUCAUUGAGACCACCAAGCCUUACAUGAGAGGUGUUACUGCUGUUGAAAGAGAGUGGUUACCAGUUCUCUUUCCUAACCUCUGUACUUUCUCCAAGCCUCUUGAAGAACCUUCCCCUUCAUACCAUUCUUCAUCGGGUACAGUCAAAUGUCACAUGACCUGUACAUUCGGGAGGAAUGCAUGGCCUCUUCCAGCCCAGGAGUUGGACUACCCGAAGAGUCUCGACAAAGUCAAAUGGUUUGGCAGAUUUCUUCUAGAGGGAAAGGUGAUACCUGGACUGAAGAAGUUUACCCCAUCUCUUCUAUCCACGCCCAGUACUAUGAUCAAAACAUGGGCAAAACUUCAACCAAGAACAGAGGUCAUACUGAAAGCCCUGGCAGGGAAAGGAGUAUAUAACAAAUCAUCACUCAUUGAAGUAUGGAGAAAAGACAGACAAUACUUGCUACUUGCCUACCAAGAAUGGUUACCCAAAGAUCUGCAUGCGGACCUGAUGAUGUCAUGGCCUCCGAUCAAGCUAGAUGAGUGAUGCCAUUCCCCAUACAGACUUGAUAUCAUCAUGGCAACAAGUAUAUGAAUGGAUGAGUGAUCCAUGAAUAAUUGUGGAGCGCCAGGAGUGUCAAGUCUUACAGAUAUGAGCGCUAUGCAAGAACCCACUAUUAUUAUUAUUAUAUAGACCUGAUGUUGUCAUGGUAGUCAGACUAGAUGAGCGAGACCAUUCUCCAUACAGGCAUGUUCUCAUUGUCAUGGCAACCAGUUAUUCUCCAGGUGGACCAUCAGUCCCCACCAAACCCUCCUUGUGGAAAUACUGCAUCAUGAACCUUCCAAACCAUGAUUACAUUGGUUAUUUCUUUCAAAAUUCUGGCUCUAAUGAAGAUAUAGCCAGGAUUCCUUACUCCCAAUUUUUAUACAAAGGAUUUUGCAUGGUGCUAUGUACAAUUGGAUUUAUCAGGGUUUGCCUGCAAUGAUAAACCUAAGCACAGUCUAAUAAACAGGUGGGAUUGGUAUCAUUGAUUUGAAUUGAUCGCAACUUGAUAUAGAUUACAACUGUAACAGGGAUAAGAGUUGUAAGUUUGUAAUUUAGUCAAGGACUUGCGAUCAAUCUCAUCUCUUUAGGCACUGGCCUAAAUUUGUGGUUGUCCUUGUAAGGCAACAUAUUAAUUGCCCAAAUUCAAGAUAUGGUUCCCCAAAAUUGAACACCAAAAUAAUGAUUUUGGUUAGUGCAUGUUAAAACUUAAAUUAUCAAGGUCCUGAAAUACUCAGACCACAAUAGUGGGUUCUUUGAUUACCAUGCUUUAUAUCCUGGUCUGAGGAAUAGGAAAGAAAAUAUUCUCAAAAAUUCUCAAAUCUUACAUCUUUCUAGAAACUUUGUGAAAUUUUUUCUCUUGUUAUUAGUGAAAUGAUUUCAUCAUAACAAGUUUCAAGUUAAUGACUCUGGAUGGGUGAAAGACUGGUGUAAACACCAGUGAAAGUCACAAUAUAAAUUGUAUGAUGAUCAAAACAAUAUCACUUUAAUCCAGAUUAAAUCAUUUCCAAAAUUCCACCCUGGAAAUAUAUUGGCAGUUGUCCAAGCAUAUGAUGAAGUAGACUUGGAUGUUAUUUAAAAGUUUUUGACAUCUCAAGUGCAAUUAUCCACUUGAAUAUCAUGUCAUGAGAUUUGUAAAUCAUUAUAUAUCUUUAUGAAGAUACAACCUAGUGAUGUUUGUUUUUUAAUAAAUGAAUAUGUAACAACAAA